ACAGCCCCUCAGUCUCCGUUUCGCGUUUCCCAGGCGGACGGAGGAGGCUUGUCUCUAGGAGGACGCCGUAGCGAAGCGGGUCCGCUGCUGUCAUGGCGGCGGUUCUCUCAAUGUCAGCGGCUCUCAGGCACCUUGCGAGGGGCGGCAGCGCGGCCGCUGCUCGCCGGACGCUGGGCAGGUCACUGAGCACUUCCACAUGGUGGCUGGCACAGGACCAAGCUCAAGACACGCAACUCAUCACAGUUGAUGAAAAAUUGGAUAUCACUGCUUUAACUGGUGUCCCAGAGGAACACAUCAAAACCAGAAAAGUCCAAAUUUUUGUUCCAGCACGUAAUGCCAUGCAGGCUGGUGUUAACAACACCAAGAAAUGGAAGAUGGAAUUUGAUACCAGGGAGCGCUGGGAAAACCCUUUGAUGGGUUGGGCCUCUACGGCUGAUCCUUUGUCCAACAUGGUCCUAACUUUCUCUACAAAAGAAGAUGCAAUUGCCUUUGCUGAAAAAAAUGGCUGGAGCUAUACUCUUCAGGAGAGGAGGAUUCCAAAACCUAAAUCCAAGUCUUAUGGUGGAAACUUUUCUUGGAACAAAAGAACAAGGGUGUCCACAAAAUAGGUUGGCAAUGGCUAUCUCUGUCUGACUGUGAAUAAAGUCAGCUGUGCUGUAUUUAUAGUCCAUGUAUAAUACAUCGCUUAAUCUCCUAAUAAAUUUGACCUUUAAACUACA